AUGGACCCUAUGGGGGCAUCAGAACCCUCAAUGCCCCCGGGCCCUCUGACUCACCUGAGCCUGCCGGACAGCUCGGAGGCGCGGCCGCAGAUCGGAGCCGACGGGCGGAGCCUCGCGGGCAGUUGGACCAGGUCCUCCCCGGAGUGCACCACCAUCCUGAGGGAAGGCGUGUGCAGGUGUCUGCAGCAAGGAUGCGAACAGACAGUGCGGAUCCUACAUGCCAAGGUGGCCCAGAAAUCAUACGGAAAUGAGAAGCGGUUCUUCUGCCCCCCGCCCUGUGUCUACCUCGCGGGUCCCGGCUGGAGGGUGAAGCCAGUGCAGGGUCAAGCCCACCAGGCGGGGGAGACCGGGCCUACAGUGUGUGGUUACAUGGGACUGGACGGCGCGUCCGGCAGCGCGGCCGAGACGCAGAAGCUGAAUUUCGAGGAGCAGCCGGACUCCAGGGAAUUCGGUUGUGCCAAGACCCUGUACAUCUCCGACGCCGACAAGAGGAAGCACUUCCGGCUGGUGCUGCGGCUGGUGCUGCGAGGGGGCCGCGAGCUGGGCACCUUCCACAGUCGCCUCAUCAAGGUCAUCUCCAAGCCGUCGCAAAAGAAGCAGUCGCUGAAAAACACCGACCUGUGCAUAUCCUCAGGCUCAAAGGUCUCCCUCUUCAACCGCCUGCGCUCCCAGACGGUGUCCACGCGCUACCUCUCUGUGGAGGAUGGGGCCUUUGUGGCCAGUGCAAGACAGUGGGCUGCCUUCACGCUCCACCUGGCUGAUGAGCACUCCACGCAAGGGGACUUCCCACCUCGAGAGGGCUACGUCCGCUAUGGCUCCCUGGUGCAGCUUGUCUGCACAGUCACCGGCAUCACGCUACCUCCUAUGAUCAUCCGCAAAGUAGCCAAACAGUGUGCUCUCCUCGACGUAGAUGAGCCUAUCUCUCAACUGCACAAGUGUGCCUUCCAGUUUCCAGGUGGCCCUCCAGAAGGGGGUGGCACCUACUUAUGCCUUGCCACAGAGAAGGUGGUGCAAUUCCAGGCCUCUCCGUGCCCCAAGGAGGCCAACAGGGCGCUGCUCAACGACAGCUCUUGCUGGACGAUCAUCGGCACCGAGUCGGUGGAGUUCUCCUUCAGCACCAGCCUAGCGUGUCCGCGGGAGCCGGUCACUCCGGUGCCGCUCAUCAGCACCCUGGAGCUCAGCGGCGGGGGUGACGUGGCCACGCUGGAGCUGCAUGGAGAGAACUUCCACGCGGGGCUCAAGGUGUGGUUCGGGGACGUGGAGUCAGAAACCAUGUACAGGAGCCCGAGGUCCCUGGUGUGCGUGGUGCCCGACGUGGCGGCCUUCGGCAGCGACUGGCGCUGGCUGCGCACUCCCAUCACGGUGCCCGUGAGCCUGGUGCGCGCCGACGGGCUGCUCUACCCCAGCGCCUUCACCUUCACCUACACCCCGGAGUACAGCGCCAGGCCCGGCUCUGCCGGCGCCGCGGAACCUGCCACGGACGCCGACGCGCUCCUGGAGAGCAUCCACCACGAGUUCACGCGCACCAACUUCCACCUCUUCAUCCAGACGUAG